AUGCAGAUUUUCGUGAAAACCCUCACAGGCAAGACUAUAACGUUGGAGGUUGAGCCCUCUGACACUAUUGAGAAUGUGAAGAGCAAGAUUCAGGACAAGGAGGGAAUUCCGCCCGACCAGCAACGGCUUAUUUUUGCGGGAAAGCAGCUUGAAGACGGACGCACACUCAGCGACUACAACAUCCAGAAGGAGAGCACGCUGCACCUGGUAUUGCGCCUGCGAGGUGGGCUCAUCGAACCUAGUUUAGCGGCACUCGCUAGACAGUAUAACUGUGAGAAGAUGAUAUGUCGGAGGUGUUACGCACGGCUGCCGGCGCGCGCGCACAACUGCCGGAAGCGAAAGUGUGGGCACUCGAGCAACCUGCGGCCAAAGAAGAAGAUCAAGUAG